AUGAACUACAUGAAUCAGGGCCAGACACCGGAAAAGUCCUUGAACUCAGACGCAUCCACCUGUCCCCAUAAGACUCAGCGCCGCGUGACGUUCCACCUUCCGGAUGGUUCUCAGGAGAGCUGUAGCGACAGUGGUCUAGGGGACCACGAGCCCAGCAGCACUGCCAGCACCACUCAGCCUCUCCCCCUCGCCUUCCCCCAGGAAGAGUACUACCAACAGACCUCGCCCAACAGCCGCACCGAGGGAGACGGAAACUCUGACCCUGAGUCCAGCAGACUGUAG